AUGAUGGAGCAAAACAUUUUUCCUAAUGUUGUAACCUUUAAUAUGUUGAUAGAUGCACUUUGCAAGGAGGGAAGGACUGGAGAAGCGGAGGGCAUACUCAAGAUCAUGGUCCGAAGAGGUGAGAAACCCGACGUUAUCACUUAUAAUGCUUUGAUGGACGGAUAUUGUUUGCAAGGCCAAAUGAAGAAAGCAAAACAAGUGUUCAACUCCCAAGUUGAUAAGGGCCUUGAGCCUAGUAGCCGUAGCUAUAAUAUUUUAAUGAAUGGUUUCUGCAAUAAGAUGAACAUAGACAAGGCCAUGGAUCUCUUUAGAGAAAUGUCGCGUAAAGGGUUAAAACCUACUACCUAUACUUACAACAUUUUGUUAAAGGGGUUGUUAAACAUAGGGACGUGCAAUGCAGCAGAUUAUAUAUUUCAUGAGAUGAUGUGUAGCAGUCAAAAUGCUAACAUUAUUACUUACUCAAUCUUGUUAGAUGGCUUCUUUAGGAACCGGAAAAUUGGCGAGGCAAUCAAGGUGUUUCGUUCAAUGCAAGAUCAAGGUAUAGUUCCGAAUAAUUUCAUUUAUUCUAUCCUCAUCAAUGGCAUGUGCAAAGCGGGGAAGAUUGAAGAUGCUCGGAAACUUUUUAAUAGCAUUUUAGCUAAUGGUUUGAAGCCCAAUGUUCAGUUGUACAACACAAUGAUUUGUGGACUAUGUGAGGUGGCCUUGCUUGAUGAAGCUGAGGAGUUACUUCUGCAAAUGGAUAAAGACGGGUGUCCACCAAAUGAUUUGACUUUUAACGUUGUUGUUCGAGCAUUCCUAAAGAGGGGAGACAGACAUAAGGUUAAGAUAUAUCUAUAAGAAACAAUCAACAUGAAUUUCAAACUGGAUGUAUCUACCUUGUCCAUGGUAGUGGAGUUAAUUACAGUUGAUGGUGAGGAUAGCAAUUUUUUACAAAUGAUCCAGAGUCUUGUGCCAAGGGAGGAUAGUAAGGCUGUGUCCCAAACUUUAAGGGAAUGAUAUGAAGUUGCCAUACUAUGGAUGCUUGUGCUAGUGACAUGGAAGGAUUUAUGAGGUUCUAUGUUUUCAACUUUAGGAGCAAGUUUCACCUUUACCAUUGACCUCUUCCAUUGACAUUUGCCUUUUACAGCAGCUUUUUUAGGUUGCUUUUACUCUUCAUGUCAGCAUGUUGGAUAGUUCGGUUGGCAUGCAAUGGCUUUGUAUUUGAAGAUAAGUUUAAAGUUGUAGAGUCUAUGGAAUAUGUGUGUGAUUUGUCAUCGGGACUUCGGCCUCUCAUCCCUUUAAGGAGAUACCAAUGUGUUUUUUUUUUUUUUUUUUGUGUCUAGAGAUCCGAGGGAUACAUAGUUUUGAGGCUUCAUUUGUUUUGUUUAUUCCUUUAUUAUUUUCUGCUGUGGACUUCUUCUACUCCUUGUCUUAUGCUUCUCUUUCUUUCAAUGUAAUUUCCUCUUUAAUGCUGAAAGAAUCAGAAGCUAAUCAGAAGAUCUUGCGAAGCUUAAGUGCUUAACAGUAAAAAUGUUGUUCGACUGCAAAGAUAAAGAUUAUGCGUUAGAACUAAAGUGAGAGAAUGUGAUAUCAGCUGUGUGAUAAAUGUUCUUGAAUAAGUGCAAGUAGGAGUUGAUGGCCUGAUCUCAUUGGGGCACAGGGGAAGUCGCAACUAUUGAGACCGAGAUUUCUUGAGUUGAUGCGGGUAAUGUGUUAGAAGGAUCCGCAGUUGUUUGGACUUUAGAUUGCUCAAGAGUUUGGGUUUGGUAUGGUGAUAGGUGUUCUGUUUCGAGUGUCCCUUCGACCGGUUGGCAUUUGAAGUUAGUUGUUCUGUCCUUGCGACACUGAUUUGAAUUUCUAUUCUUGUGGUCAUGAAUGAUGAAUCUGUAUGAUAAGUGAGUUUUACGAUCGAGAAUUGUAGCUGUGUCAAACAAUAGAUCAGUUCCUGUGAAAGCCUGAGGUUGAAAUUAAUUGGUUUUA